AAAAAGAUCUCAUUUAGAGAUAAGAAAAAAAGCACUUAAGGGAAACCAAUGGGGCAGCUGCCCUGAUCUGGUUGGGAACUCAUUUUCUGAGAAUGUGAAGGCUUACAGUCACAAGAGAGCGCCAGUCUAAUACUUCAUUUCCAUUUUGUUAAGGCAUGUAGAGGUAAUUCAUAAGAAGUGGCUCGAGUAUCAGACACGUUUUGAAAGUUGGUACUUUUCGUGGAUCCAGCAGAGCUCCUCCUACAUAAAACAAAGGCUUUAGUCCUAAGGUUAUUGAAAAUCCAUUAAGCUGAGAAGCUGUUCCUUGAGGCAAAGUUCAGUGCUACUGCAGAAGAAUUCAAUUACAACUGGACAUAUUCACAUAGAGAGAUAUCAAGAUAGUAAACCUUGGAGAAAUGGCUUUCAUUUGUUUGUAUAACAGAUGCCUGGCUAUCUUUCUCAUUUGCAUAGCAUUUGGCUAUACUUCGUCUUCAGAUCUUGAGAUAAAAGUUAAUCCCCCUGAGGAUUUUGAGAUAGUUGAUCCUGGAUAUUUAGGUUUCCUGUAUUUACAAUGGCAACCUCCAGUAUCUCUGGAAAAUUUCAAGGCAUGUGCAGUAGAAUAUGAACUAAAGUUUCGAAGCAUUGGUGGUGGAAGAUGGAAGACUGUCAUUACUAAGAAUCUACGUUACAAAUAUGGAUUUGAUCUAAACAAGGGCAUUGAAGCCAAAAUCCACACGCUUUUGCCAAAGCAAUGCACGAAUGGAUCAGAAGUUCGAAGUUUGUGGUCAGAAGCUACUUACUGGAUGCCAGAACAAGGAAAUUUGGAAACCAAAAUUAAAGAUAUGGAUUGCAUAUAUUACAACUGGCAAAAUUUGCUCUGUUCUUGGGAACCUGGCAAGGGUGUACACUUUGAUGCCAAUUACUACUUGUUUUAUUGGUAUGAGGGCUUGGAUCAUGCAUUACAGUGUACUGAUUAUAUCAAGGCUAAUGGAAAAAAUGUCGGAUGCAGGUUUCCCCAAUUGGAGUCACCAGACUAUAAAGAUUUCUAUGUCUGUGUUAAUGGAUCAUCAGAAUCCAAGUCUAUUAGAUCCAGCUAUUUCAUUUUUCAGCUUCAGAAUAUAGUGAAACCUUUGCCACCAGACUAUCUUAGUAUUAACGUGAAGAAUUUACUUGAAGUUAACCUGCAGUGGAGCAUACCAAGAGGAUCUAUCCCAGCCAAGUGCUUUAUUUAUGAAAUUGAGUUCACUGAAGGCGAUAUUGCUUGGGUGACCACCACAUUUGAUAAUGAAAUGUGCAUCAUGAGAACAUCAAAUGGAAGUCAUGAGUUAUGCUUUUCAACAAGAAGCAAAGUGAACAUUUAUUGUGCAGAUGAUGGGAUUUGGAGUGAGUGGAGUAAUGAAAAAUGUUGGAAAGGUGAAACAUGGAAAGAAACUUUGUCAUUUUUUGUGAUACCAUUUUCUGUUGUGUCACUUUGUAUUUUGUUAACAACCUGUUUGGUUUUGUAUAAGCAAAAAUCUGUACUGAAAAUGAUUUUUCAUGCGAAAAAGGAAACUUUUCCUCAUUGAAUACCACUCUGUUGACUUACUAAUUUCUACUAAUGUGGUCAAGUAUUAAACAUGAGUGUUAUUAAACAGAUUUUUUUCUUCAAAUGGUGGAUGCACCUUAUUUUAAAGCAUUGUUGUGUUUAACUGGGCUUUAGAGUACUCAGACCCUCAGCUAGAAGUAAACUGACUGGAGUUUCUUCACAGGUUAGAGUGCUACACGUAGAGAAGUUGAGGGAUGGAUCAAAUUUUAUUCAAUGGUAUAUUAGUAGAACAGUGUGAUUUCACAAAUUCCACUAAGAGAUAUUGCCAAAUGCUGGAAGAUGACAUCCUAGCUUGUUGUUGUUUGUUUUAAAUUUCACCAUGAAUGUUUAAAUUGAACCAUGAAUAGGAUUGUUUGGCUUUAAAUGUAAUGUGUGGAGAAGGUUAAUAGGAAGCAAGAAGUUUUAAAUACAUUCAUAAUCCUAAGUGUAUGUUUUGUAAUUUCAUGAGAAAAAAAGAGUAGGACUACAGUGCUUAAAAGGCUGAAAAUAGGGGUUAGUACUUGGCCUAGCACUUAAGACUCCACUCCUCCUUCUUUUAAGAUUUAAUUAUUUCGUUUGAAAGGUAGAGUUACAGAGAGAGAGGGAGAUACACACACACAGAGAUCUUCAUCUGCUGGUUCACUUCCCCAGUGGCCACAAUGGCUGGUGUAGGGCCAGGCUGAAGCCAGGAGCCAGGAGCCAGGAGCUUCUUUCAGGUCUCCCAUGUAGGUGCUGGGACCCAAGGACUUGGGCCAUCUCCCACUGCUUUCCCAGGUGCAAUUGUAAGGAUCCGGAUCAGAAGUGGAGCAGUGGCCGGCACCGUGGCUCACUAGGCUAAUCCUCUGCCUAGCGGCGCCGGCACACCGGGUUCUUGUCCCGGUUGCCCCUCUUCCAGGCCAGCUCUCUGCUGUGGCCAGGGAGUGCAGUGGAGGAUGGCCCAAGUCCUUGGGCCCUGCACCCGCAUGGGAGACCAGGAAAAGCACCUGGCUCCUGCCUUCGGAUCAGCGCGCAAUGCGCCGGCCGCAGUGCACCGGCUGCGGUGGCCAUUGGAGGGUGAACCAAUGGCAAAGGAAGACCUUUCUCUAUGUCUCUCUCUCUCUCUCUCACUGUCCACUCUGCCUGUCAAAAAAAAAAAAAAGUGGAGCAGCCAGGUUCCGACCUGGCACCCAUAUGGUAAUGCAGAUGGCGGCUUAAUCCACUGCUCCACGACUCUGCCCCUCCCCCCACCAGGAACUUAUUGAAGUUCCCUCAUAUAAAGUAGAGUUAAGCUCAUAGACAGACUACAUACCUAUGACUAACAUUGCCAUUGCCCAAGCAGCCAAGUUCCGACCAGGCAUCCAAGGAGUAUUGCAGGUGGUGGCUUAACCCACUGCUCCACAACUCUGUCUCCCCACCCCCAACAAACUUUUUGAACUUCCCUCAUAUAAUGUAGAGUUAAGCUCAUAUACAGACUACAUAGCUAUAACUAACAUUUACACUGCUCAUUUUUUUAAAGAUUUAUUUAUUUGAAACUCAGAGUUACACAGAGAGAGAAGGAGAGGAAGAG